AUGAAUUCUGCAUCAAGUAACUUUCAGUGCACAACUCUACUACCGGAUUGUCUAAAUUCUAAUGCUUUAAAAACAUCAUCAUUAUAUAUGAGACGAUGGAGAAGGCGUCAGUGUAUAAAGUUGGAGACAGAUCGAAUUGAAGGACAACAAUGUCAACAACCACAACAACGACAAAAACCACUAUAUGAUGAUUUCGUUUCAAACACGAAUCAUUUCCAAAAUGCAAGUGUUAAUCUUAAUCAAUGUGUGGACGAUAUUCAUAGGACAAAUUCCGUAUUAGCAAUUAAUGAACUUUCAAAUUGUAGGGGUGAUACUUCCAUUACUACUUCUACUAUUGACGUCAUUAAUACUAAUAGUGAUAAUAAUAAUAAUAGUGAUCGAAGUUAUCAGUCAUUGACUACAAACACUUUAGUCGCUAAUCGAUCGAAUACAGAUCCUGAGUUUUGUAUGGUAUCUAAUUCGACGCCGUUAAUGUUUAAUGGUGGUGUAACAUCUCCUGGAAAUUUUAAAAAAAUAUUAAUUGAUCGAUACUUAUUGAGCCAAUCAAUGUCACAUUGUGGUACAAUCUAUGAAUCAAUCAAUCCAUUUACUAACAUGGUACAUGUCCCAUUAUUGCAAGAAGAACAGACAGAUUUGAGCAAUGAAAAAGCUAUGAAGGUACCGUUAAAUGCAGAUACGAAUUAUCACUUGGAAACUAAAAGUACUAUACCUGAAGAGUUGAUCAAUAGAAAGGAAUCUAAUUCAUCGGACAAUCAAAUCAGAAAUUUCCAGUCUCUCUUGAGAAAGUUGCUUUGUGAUAUUUUAACCAGUGAACUAUUGGCUAAUAAAUAUAAAGAUAAACCGUACAUGAUUCAGUCAACAGUUUCUUCCAAUCACAAGAGAGAUUGUAACACAUUAAAUCCAAAUGUUACUUUACAGAAUCCUAUCAACACCAUCAAUGACAGGAUUUACAAUCCUGAUUCUUCAAAUACUGAGACAAAACUGUCUUUUAAUAGCGAAAAUUAUGAGGAAGCUAUUUCAACUCCAUGUUUUGAUCCUAAUGUGGGACAUGAGUUCUUGAAUGAAUUACAAUCACUAUUGCGCAAUAACUGUUAUUCAAACGGUAUGAAGGCAAGUGAUCAUCAACCAACUGCAAUGCAAAUUUUAAGUCAUGUGAAGAAUAGUUCAUUGUAUACAUGCUUGGGCAGUUCAAAAUCAUCAUUAUUGAAAAUUAAUCCAAACAAUCAAUUAACAACUCCUUUACUUGGUAUGCGUAAUUCAGUUGAUAAGUUAUUGUGUCCAGAAGUGAUUAAGAAAAAUUCAGUGGAUGCUAGUAAACCAAAACAUUCACAAAAAUCAUUUUGUCAUUCAUUAGCAGAGACAUCUAUUAGUCGAAUUUCAAAGGAUUCCAUAAGUAAUAACAAUACUGUUAAUACUACUACCACUACUACUGUAUCCUCUCCUGAUUUUUUACAUUCACUUAAUUGUUCAGUAAAAAAUCCUAAUAUUCGAAAUUCAACGUUAAAUUCUUUAUUGUUGGUAUGUAGUCAACCAUGUACAACAAUGUCAAUUGAUUCAGAAUUAUCGACGUUAACUUCAUCGACAUGUAAAACUCACAAACAGCAACAAUAUCCAUCAGUUGAAACAUCCGUAUCGCAUCCUUCAAGUCCUUUAUUCAAAUAUCGACAUCCAAUGGAUGAUCACAAAUUUUCGACUACAUCUCAUCAUUCAUCAUUAUUAUCAUCAAUUCAUAUUACGCCAGAAAAAUGUUUUCACACCACUAUUAUUACUUCUACCACUCCUAUUACUACUAUUAUUACCACUAAUUCGAAAAUAAGUGAACAAACUAAUACACAUCAGUCUCAUUUACCUUUUACAAUCACUUCAAUUAGUCCUACUCAAAUAAAUACCACUAAUGUUAGUCAGAUUUCUAUGUUUAAUGAUAAUAAUAAUAGUAAUGAUAAUAAUCUCGUUCAAAAUUAUUCCAACCUACAAUUUAUGGACAUUGAUAAUUAUCAAUGUAAAAAUUCAUCAAACUAUAAACAAACUGUGUCGAAUAGUACUAAUAAUUGUACUACGUUUAACACAUUUUCAUCCGUACCAACACUUAAUUCUAAUAAACAUAGUAAUACUACUUCUACUACUACUACUACUGCUACUACUAAUGAUACUAACAAGAGUAGUAGUAUUAAUAGUUCACUUAUUCAGCAUAGAACUUCAAAUGGUUUGUUUGUAUGCAUGGUAUGUUCUCGUCAGUUUACUCGUUCCGAUAUGCUUGUAAGACAUGCUAAUGUGCAUACAGGUCAUAAACCAUUUGAAUGUACAAUAUGUGGUCAAGCAUUUAGUCGAUCUGAUCAUUUAUCUACACAUCAACGAACACAUACUGGUCAAAAACCGUAUCAAUGUUCAUUAUGUUAUUAUUCUGCAUCUCGACGUGAUAUGAUUACCAGACACUUAAGAGUACAUCAAAGAAAAGGCCAAAUAGUUUCAACCAAUGAAAGUGGUGGAGCUUUGAAAUUACAUUUUACUAUAAACAUUUCACAGCCUUCUAAGUAUUCUCCGAAACACAAAGGAGACAGAAAUACUAAUUCUCUAGCGAAUGUAACAGAUAAUCAUUCUGCAGUGAUAUCACAGUCUUCUCAUCUCAAUAGUUUUCAUUAG